AUGGCCGCCUACGACACACAAAUGUUCCUCCUCGGACUCGAAUGCACCGACUACCGCAGGAUGCUUCUCGCACUCCGACCACCGCGACUGCUUCGUUCCCAGGCCGAUCAGAAGUACACUGAAUACGAGAUACUUUACAACGGCCUUCGUUUUGAGCAUAUCAUCGAUGCGAUCUCCCUGCAACCGAAUCCGACUCUUUGGCCUUCACCACCUUUCUUGGACGUCGAGUUCGGGGCGAUCACUCACCAGAACCUGCUCUUUUGUAUGUUGGAGAAAGUGGAUGUCUACUGCCAAGAAGUGGCCGAAAGGCUCAGCCAUCAGCUCUGGACUUCACGCGGAGAGGCUCCUCCUUCGGGCAUCUACGAAGGAGUCGUAGCACUUUCCGGCGCUUUUCACGGAACACAUGGCCAAGAACAUGGACAAUAUCACCCUUCAAUCGAGCUCGACGUUGUGCGAGCCAUGUCAGCAAAGUCUCGGAUGGCUGCCGAGAGAUUGCUCGAGAACAUGGUGAUUGCACUGGCGACUGCCAGCGAGGAGACACACAGCACAGCUGAUAUGCAGACCGUCAAUGGCGUACGGUUCUGGUACCUGCCUUGGGCCGUCUACACUUUUGCUUUCGAGUACAAAAGUCCCAGCUACGAAGCGUUCGAGGAGUUUUUCCAGAUGGAUCUUGGCGUCCUGUCGGAUCACCGCGUCUGCUAUUUAGACGAGGAAGACAUGUCUACGACGAUCGGAGGCGACAUCAUCAAUGGAUACUACUCCGGUACUGGGUGCUGGUUUGAGCUCACCGUGCGAUUGUUGCUCGCGCUGCACGGGCAGCCUGACGAGCUCCACAGUCUGCUUCGAGUUCGAGCCGCAUCUGCCGGGGCAGAGUGGGAAUUGGCAUAUCGGUGGCCCUCAACGUACAGGGUGGACUUGGAAGGUGAUGAUUCGCUCAGAUCGGAUCAGGCGCAAGAGGACACACCUCUUCGAUCGGGGCGGCCGCGUUUGUCAUUGAAAGCGGUGGAUUGGCUGGCAAAAGCGGAAGCGAUGGAUGAAGCUUAUGGGAAUGGGUGCCUUAUGCCAAUGAAGGCACCCGUGGGAGGCAUUCAGUGCUUGUAG